AGAGUGAGGAGGAUUUGCUGGCCCUGGCCGCGUCGCGGCUGAGCCGCCGCAAGCGGGUGGCGGGCGCAGCCGUCGGGGUGGCCAUGGUGCUGUUGUUGCUAGUGGCCAUUCCGUUGCUGGUGCACAGCUCCCGCGGGCCGGCGCACUACGAGAUGCUGGGUCGCUGCCGCAUGGUGUGCGACCCGCACGGGCCCCGUGGCCCCGACGGCACGCCCGCAUCCGCGGCCCCCUUCCCGGCGGGAGCCAAGGGAGAGGUGGGUCGCCGCGGAAAGGCGGGCCUCCGAGGACCUCCGGGGCCUCCAGGACCUAGAGGACCGCCGGGAGAGCCAGGCAGGCCUGGCCCUCCAGGACCCCCGGGGCCGGGCCCCGGCGGCGUGGCGCCUCCAGCCGGCUACGUGCCCCGUAUUGCCUUCUACGCCGGCCUGCGGCGGCCUCAUGAGGGCUACGAGGUGCUGCGCUUCGACGACGUGGUGACCAACGUGGGCAAUGCAUAUGAGGCCGCCAGCGGCAAAUUCACCUGCCCCAUGCCGGGCGUCUACUUCUUCGCUUACCACGUGCUCAUGCGCGGGGGCGACGGCACCAGCAUGUGGGCCGACCUGAUGAAGAAUGGACAGGUCCGGGCCAGCGCCAUAGCGCAGGACGCCGACCAGAACUACGACUACGCCAGCAACAGCGUCAUCUUGCACCUGGACGUGGGUGAUGAGGUCUUCAUCAAGCUGGACGGUGGCAAGGUGCACGGCGGCAACACCAACAAGUACAGCACCUUCUCUGGCUUCAUUAUCUACCCGGACUGACCCGGCGCC